AUGUCCCCUCUAACAGCCCCGCGGCGUGUGCUCUUCUCUCCUGCGCUGCAGAUCCUCAUCGUGGAGUUUGGUGGGAAGCCGUUCAGCAGCUCCGGGCUCACCUUGAGCCAGUGGCUCUGGUGCAUCUUUAUCGGUGUCGGAGAGCUGCUUUGGGGCCAGCUGAUCUGCAGUGUUCCGACCAGCCGCCUGAAGUUCCUGAAGGAAGCUGGACAUGGUACCACCAAGGAGGAUAUUCCAGAGGAGGACCUGCCGGAGGACAUGGAUGAGAUUGACCAUGCUGAAAUGGAGCUGCGGCGAGGGCAGAUUCUGUGGUUCAGGGGCCUCAACAGGAUACAGACUCAGGUACCGUGUUGGGCACUGACGUGCCGCUUCCUGUUUUCUCAGGGGCCCUGGCCGAAGCAAUCUAGGGCCCUCCUGUUACCUGUGCAGCUCCUCGUGCCCGCGGUGACACUUCAGCCCCUCCAGGGUCUAGAAUUCCCACUGCCAGUGCCUUUCUGGGUUAGCGCCAAUCAGCAAGUCAGGCCUGUGAGCAUGCACUGCUGCUUAGCCGCCUGCUUCCCUGUGGGGCCGGGGCUACAAUGAGAGUGGGGGCUGUAGCUAUUGUGGGGAGGGAUCUCAGUGCCUUCUGCAGCUGUCGGGGGAGGGGCUCAGAGCUGCAUGUAACCACGGAUGGUGCAGCUGGGUGGUGGCUGUUGAGCCUUUUUCUAAGCAUUGUCUGCAGGAUUGUUGCUCCCCUAGUGGAAAGUAAAUGCUGAGCAGCCUUAGCCAAGCCCUCACGAAAGAUCCUGCUCUUAGAAGGCCCAUCUACCUGCAUCUGGGAUGGAGUUGAAUACGCUGCGGGAGAUGGGGCAUUUAGCACCCUGGUUCUCUCCUUGUUUCUACGUUGCAGGUGUGUGAACCCCAUUCGAUAGGGAUCAAAGCUCCACCCCUUUCCCUUCCCCACCUGUCCUCUUCCCACUGACUUCAGUGGCCUUUGAAUGGAGCCGUUUCAAACCCCACGCUCAAAUGAGGACAGCAGCUCCAGUCCAGCAGAGAGCCAGGCUGGCUUAGUUUGGUGGAGUAGUAAAGCUGCUUGUCAGGACUUGCCACUCUGAGUGCCCAUCUCUGUUACCAGGAGGGAAGUUGGGGUUCUUCUUUGCCAGCUUAAUGCCCGCUGGCCUCAGUCAGCUGUUUGCACAACAAUUAUUGGCUGAGCUGGAGGCGUAUUGGCUUUCGUCUCUCUGGAGCCAACAUGGUCCCUUGCGAAGGCAGCCAGAGCAGCGUGGUGGUAGCCCGUACCACGAUGACUUUUCACACUCCCUCCCCAUUGGUUUUAUUUGUCUUUUUCCCUGCUACUCCCCCAGUCUCCUGAUAAGUCCCCACUUGUGGGCCCUCUCUUCUUUAUCUUCUGUUCCCCGUGCUGUAGCUACAAGGGGAGGAGAAUUGUACGAGGAAAAGAAGCCUGGUUAUGGUUUCUUUAAUAGUUUUUCUAUUGCAGUUUUAAAAACCUCACUGACUUUUUUUUUUUUUUUUUUUUUUUUUUUUAUUGU